AUGUCUCUAGACACUGCUUCUGAACGUGUUUGCUAUGUUCACUGCAAUUUCUGCAACACCAUUUUAGUGGUGACCGUUCCAUGCAGUACCAGUACUAUCUUGUUUAAUACAGUGACUGUUGGGUGUGGACGUUGUGCUAAUUUGUUGUCUUUGAAUACUGGAGCUUUGCUACAGAAUGCUCAUCUUCAAAAUGUUCACGUACGAUUAAUUAAGAAGAUAAUUAGUUCUGAUCGCAUGUCAGAGGAGAUUAGAAGGAUAAAAGUAAAAAAUCCUGAGAUUAGCCAUAGAGAAGCUUUCAGCAGUGCAGCCAAGAACUGGGCUCAUCUCCCUCGCACCCGGUUUGGUUUAACACUGAUCAACGACACCAACAUGAACGCAUGA